AUGUCGUUCAACCCAUACCACGUGCUCGGGCUGCACAUUGGCUGCACGGAGAAGGAGAUACAGAAGGCCUACAAGGUGCUGUGCCUCAAAUGGCAUCCUGACAAGAACCCGGAUAGGGUUGAGGAAGCCAAUCGUCGUUUCAUCGAGGCGAAGAAGGCGGUUGACAUUUUGCUGGACAAGGAAAAGCGCGACGAGUACGAGCAUCAGGCGAAAAGAAAGGCCAACCAAGAAGCCAAGCAGAAGGAGAGGCGAGAAAAGGCGGAUGGGGAUCGAAAACGAUUUAUGGACGAUUUGGAGCGGCGAGAGAAGGAGUUUGCCGAACGAGGAAAGCAUUAUACGCCUUCGCAUAGCGCGAAAGAAAGCGAUGAACGGUACAAGGCGAAGCUCAGAAAGGAACAUGAAAUGCAAGCGCGCGCCGAGGCCGAGAGCUUACGCAAAAAAUGGGAAGCUGAGGUGGAGGCCGAGAUUCGAGCGCAGGAUGAAAGAAUAAAGAGCCACGCCCCGCAGCCGCAUCAUGAGCAAAAUGACCCGGCGCCAAAACUGAAGGCAGCCUGGAAGGUCAAGGAAAAUAUGGACUACGACGAGACGGCCCUUCGGAUAUUGUUUGCAGAGUACGGCCACAUCGACGAGAUUCUCGUGCUGCCGGAGAAAAAGGGGAAACGAAGCGCGCUGAUCGUUUUCCAGGAGGGCGUCAAUGCGUGGGGUGCUGAGACAGAAACAGGAGCCGGUGACAGCGAAAUAUCCUGCAAAUGGAUACAAAAACCGGCGGCAACUGAGAAGAAAGACACGUCUUCACAAGAAGAGUCGGAAGAAGCAGCUGAGGCGAGAAAACACAAUGAAUUCGCAGAGAUGAGCCUCGACGAUAUGGAGUCGAUGAUGAUCAUUCGCGAAAACGUGAUCGACCCGGUGGCUCGCUUUGUGGGAAUCCACACCGGGGUGGCGAAUGAGGAGGAGACGGCCGAGGAGGUGGAGAUGAAGCGGCAGGAGCAGAUCGAGGAAGAGCAGCAGAUGUGGUGGCGCAAGCGGAUCAGGAUAACCGGCCUGGCCACCACACAACAUAUUGGAGGGGAUCCGGAGGUGACGACGACCCGGCCGAGUUUAUUGCCGAUGGGGCCGAGCAGUCUGGAUACGGUCAUUCCAAUUGGCGGUAGCCUUUCUGAGGCUAUGGCUGAAUCCCAAUGCGUCCCCCUGUCAGCCGUAAAGAAAAACAUCUACCACGGCAGCCGCGAAUAUUUUGCCUCGCAUCGACCCGUGGCGCUGCGAACGUCGACGCCGACCCCUUCGUUAAAAUCGAUCUGUUCGUUGGAUGGGGAAGUGUUUUUCGACCAGCUGGCCAAUCCGGAAUUACAUAUUGGACCUACCGUACCCCCAGUGGCAGCGGUGGAUGAAGAGGGAAAAGAGACGGACGCCCUGCUCGAAACCUAUGGAGCUGCUGUUGGAAGGCGGAAUCGAAGAUUCCGAACACUAUGCGUGGUGCCGCCACCGUCAUAUCGCGAACAGCUUGCGUUUGGCGACUCGCGUCUUGCCAUGCCGACAAAAACGACGUUGGGCCGCCCGGAGCCAAUCGACAUCGUGCCCGGACCUACCGAAAGGCCACCGGCCGUCCCCUCAUUGGGCGACAGGAUCCUGUUGAACGUCAAGUCAGGCAUUAUCGACAACCGGCAGAAUAAGAUCAGAACCAAGCGAAAGAUGGGAGAAGGGGUCUUCGGCAGGUUGUGCCUACGGAAGAUGAAAAAGCAAAGUGAGCUGCCCGCCAAUUUGCGACAGCAAAUCGCCAAUACGUCCGAUGAACGCCCGUUCUUCACCUACUGGAUCACGACGGUGCAGGUGAUCAUCUGCCUGCUGUCCGUCCUCUUCUACGGGUUCGGCCCCGUCGGCUUUUCGAGGGUCGAGAGAAAAGAGCUAGUAAUGCACACGUCGGUGACGCUGAAGAUGGUGUCGAUGUAUGAGCCGGCGAAUUUCUGGCUGGGCCCCAGUCAUGCUAAUUUGAUACGGCUCGGCGCAAAAUAUUCGCCGUGUAUGCGGUUGGAGCCGAGCAUUUGGAAGCUGAUCGAGAAGGACAGACGAGACGAAAACCAGACGGGUUGCUGCAUCUACGACGAUGGGAGUGGGUGUUUCCAGACGACCGAGGAGAAUUGCCCGAGCUACGGUGCCCGAUUCCACUCGUGGUCCACUCGGCCUCCCCGGCGUCGUCCCAGCAAACCGCAAGUGCUGCCCCUUUUUGAUGCGACGUAUACGGGCGAAAAGGCGGUGGUGGAGGCGUUGUUCUCGGGCAACAGCAAGUAUACGGUGGGCCCCGUGUGCGGUCAGGAUCCCGGAAUGUGCAAAACCCCACCCUCCUCUCCGCCGACCGAGUGGAAAAACGACCUAUCGCAAUGGCCGGGCCAAUGCCGCAUCGCGACGCGAGAAUACUGCGCUUUCGUCCAGGGCACCUACCACGAGAACGCGACGUUGUGCUCACAGGUGCACUGUAUGGAGGAUGUCUGCGGAAUGGUGCCGUUUCUCAUCAAAGAUCGUCCCGAUCAGGCUUCGCGCCUCUUCAUCUCGCUCUUUCUGCAUGCUGGGCUUAUCCACUGCGCGCUGACGGUGGGCCUUCAGCUGUGGCUCCUCAGGGACUUGGAGCAGUUGAUCGGAUGGAGACGGAUGGCUAUCCUGUAUUUUGGAUCGGGAGUUGGUGGAAAUAUGGCCUCAUCGAUCUUUGUCCCGUUUUUGCCCCAAGUCGGUCCGACGGCCUCGUUGAUUGGCAUCCAAGGCACGCUGCUCGUCGAGGUCUACAAUUUUGGCGACCUAAUCGACACACCUUGGAAAGCGUACAUCGAGCACCUGUUCGUAAUCGCCGUCCUGCUGGUGAUCGGUCUAUUCCCAUGGGUCGACAACUGGACCCAUCUUUUCGGGUUCAUCUUCGGAUUGCUCAUCUCCGUCGUGAUCUUCCCCUACAUCAACUUGAUGGACAUGAAGAAAGACCCGGAGGGCUAUGAGAAGGAACAGCGGCGACGAAAACUGAUCAUCGCAGCGGCGCUGCUCAUCCUCAUCCCGCUCACCGCUACGUUAACGUACAUCUUCUUCUGGAACAUCCCGAUCGAAUGCAAAUGGUGCGCCCAGUUCAACUGUCUGCCAUUUUUGAACAUCCUCAUCGGCGACCAGCACUUUUGCGAUAAUCAGGGGCUCGAGCUCGAGAAUAUACUGCCAAUU